AUGCCUUUGGGAGAUUUACAAUAUAAAUGUUUUUAUCUUUUUUUGUGCACUAAUACUUUUAAGUCUUUCUACAGAGUUUUAGAAUUAAAAAUGUUUAAAGUAAAUCUUUUGUUUUUUUCUUUUCCGUGGGGAUAUAAAAAUUUAUUAA